AUGGGAGUCGGCUGGAGCAGCUGCGCACGGGUGCCGCAGAGUCGGCACCCGGUCGGCCUCAGAAGCAUCACGCCAGCGGCUUUCUGCGAGCAGGUCGUGGGGAGCGCAGGUAGUGAGCAGAUCGUCCCGCGCGGGGCGACGGAGACACUGAAGGGCGGCAGGAUGCCUCCUUUGCAGCAGCGCCCCUUGCAGCAAGGGUCCCGCACGUUGUGCAGCUUCGGGAUUUGGCUGCAGGACCAGGAGUUGUACAAGAAAUUCCACAAGGCUCUCGAGCAGGCGGAGGUCGCCGCCAAGGGCAGGGACCCGAACGGCUUUGUCAUCGAGAAGGCCAAGCAGUUGCGGGAGGAGUCCGACCACUGCGCCAACGUGGUGCGGGCGCUCGCGGGCAGCACGCUCUUGCUGGUCAUCCGCCUCAUGCUGGCAGACGAGCGCAAGGGAAUCCCCUGGCACCACCCCGCACCCGAGCCGGGCGUCGGGCCGUGGCCCGGUUCUGCGCAGCAGGUGUUCGCGGGCGUGGCAUCGCUCCUGGCCGCCGCGACCCCCACCAUGGACCCGCCCUUCGUGAAGCCCACUCCGGUUUUCCUGACCAUGUAUGCCGCGGAGCUCCUCCACGUCAUGAUGCAUCAGGGAAGCACGGUGCCCGCCUUCCACCUCCGGGACGACGCCGCGCGCGCCAUCUGCGAGUUGUGGGCACCCGCCUCCUCGCCGUGUCUGCCUGGGACCUGGCAGGCCGACGAGAAGGAAGAGCUGGCCGUCAACUUCGUCGGCGCGCUCAUUGACCUCAACCUGAGCCUGCCGCCAGACCCAGAGGCGCCCCUCGCGGGGGCGCGCUCCCUCGGGGCCAUCGCCCGCCGGGGCCCUCGGGCGAGCAGUCGGAGGGGCGGCCGGCGCCACGCUCCUCCCAAUGAGCUGUGA